UUAUUGAUUGAGAAUUUGAAAGAUUCCUGAAAUUGAGAGGUAUCGUCAAUUGGGUAUGUGAAAGUUGCACUGAUUUCACCUGCUGCUGAUGAAAUGGGUCAAUUUUGGAUAUUUUUUCAAUUGUUUAGUUGAAAUUUGUGGGUUUUGUCGUUGAGAUACAUAGAAUUUGAAUAGUUUUGUGUGGGUUUUAGAUUUGGUAAGUUUUGGAUAUGAAAACUGAGGUGAAUAUGGGAGGUGAGAGUUGGAAUGAUGAAGAUAAAGCCAUUGUUGCUGCUGUUCUAGGGUCCAGAGCAUUUGAUUACUUGAUUUCAAGCUCCGUUUCUAAUGAAUGCUCUUUAACUUCAUUGGGAAAUGAUGAGAAUCUGCAACACAAGCUCUCAGAUCUUGUGGACCACCCGAAUUCAGCCAAUUUUAGUUGGAAUUACGCAAUUUUUUGGCAAGUCUCGCAGUCAAAAACAGGGGAUUUGGUUCUUGGAUGGGGGGAUGGAUCUUGUAGAGAGCCAAAAGAAGGUGAAGAAUUCGAAAUCGCUCGAAUUCUUAGUUUUCGAUUGGAAGAUGAGAAUCAACAGAGAAUUAAGAAAAGGGUUCUUCAGAAAAUCCAUCUUUUGUUUGGUGGAUUAGAUGAAGAUAAUUAUGCUUUCGGAUUGGAUAGGGUUACUGAUACCGAAAUGUUCUUCUUGAUCUCCAUGUAUUUCUCAUUCCGAAAAGGCGACGGAGGUCCGGGAAGGUGUUUUACAUCCGGUCAUCACGUCUGGAUUUCCGAUGCAUUGAAUUCAUCAUCCGAUUACUGUUUCCGAUCUUAUCUUGCUAAAUCUGCCGGCAUUCAGACCAUCGUUUUGGUUCCCACCGACGUCGGCGUCGUCGAGGUCGGAUCCAUUCGGUCGUUACCGGAAAACCCCAAGCUUUUGCACUCCAUCAGAUCUUCGUUUUCCGUGAAUCAGAUAACCGCUUCUGUAGCCACACCAAUUCCGGUGAUCAAAAGAAACAGCAAUUCCCAUUCCGAUCGACCCGUCAGGGCGUCCAAGAUUUUCGGCCAGGAUCUGAGUUCGAAUUUAAACCAGCCGCCGUUCCGGGAAAAGCUCACCGUCCGGAAACCCGACGACCCACGGGUCCCGUUUUCGAAUUGGGCACAAUUCAACAGUCCUCCAAAGCCGACACCACAAUUGCAAAUCGAUUUCUCCGGCAUUACUUCCCGGCCGGUUAGCAGCGAAUCCAAGAUUUCAGAAGAAACCUCCUGCAGAGACGAAAGGGAAGCCAUCACCGGCAUCAUAACAGACGAGAAACGACCACGGAAACGGGGCCGGAAGCCCGCUAACGGACGGGAAGAGCCACUAAACCAUGUCGAAGCUGAACGACAAAGAAGAGAAAAGCUGAACCAAAGAUUCUACGCUUUAAGAGCAGUGGUUCCCAAUAUUUCAAAGAUGGAUAAAGCCUCGUUAUUAGGCGAUGCGAUCACGUACAUAACUGAUCUUCAGAAGAAGCUCAAGGAGAUGGAAUCAGAAAGAAACGGACCCAAUAACAACAACUCGAUCGAAGUCCAAACCGGUGAGGAUGAAGUCCUGGUGAAGGUAACCUGUCCUUUAGACAUACACCCUGUAUCUAAAGUUAUCCAAACGUUCCAAGAAUCGAAGAUCACAGUCAUGGAAUCGAAGAUGGCAGCACGAAACGAUACGGUUUUCCACACGUUCGUGGUCAAGUCUCAAGGACCCGAACAACUGACCAAGGAGAAGUUGAUCUCUGCGUUUUCAAGAGAAACAACCUCCUCGUUACAUCCAUCGUCAUGAAAAUGGAGGGAAAAGCAGCAAGUUUUAAUAUGCGUUCUGGGAUUUGUAGAGCAGGAAUCGACUUAGAAAUCGUUAUGCAGAGGUUAAUUUUGGUUCAUUUUCAAUAUACAAUUUUAUGGAGCUUAAAUGUAUAAAUGGAAUAAUUAUCUAAACAUCAUACUCAUACAGAUGUAUGAUCGUUUCUUAAUAAUCGUCAAAAUGUUUAUGUUGCCAUUUAAGC